AUGCCGCCCAAACGCAAGGCCCUCGAACCGGCCAACCCCAACGUCAAGGGACCCAGCAAUCGGAAGAAGGCCAAGUCUGCCGCCGCUGAGGAAGAUCCAGUUGAGCCUCAGCAACAGGAGCAGAACAGGCCGAGUGCGUCGCUGCAAUUGGCUAUCAAGCGCAGAGAACGUCGCUGGGCAAAGGUGUCGGGCUCUAAAAACCUCGACAUAGAAUACUUGACUUCCACCCAAGAUCCCUCUCACGCGUACGAGUUCCUUUGCGUAUGCAACCCGCUUCAGCGCCUCGACGACGCGUUAAAUGCAAGGAACAAAGCAGAGGGCAAUGGCCAUGCGAAUAGUAAAAACAAGAAGCCCAAAAGGAAAGCUUGUGACAAGGGCAAGACAUGCCCAUGCGGCAAAUCGGCCACCGAGCUCCCCUCUCACCCAUAUACCAUGACCAGGGCUGCUCUGGCGAGACACCACAUGGCAGCCGACAUGAUGAACCUUCGCAAUCCCGACGCCUUUUCCAUGUACACAUUCAAUGACCAUGUGGCAUAUGGAGCGCUCGAGGUCGUGCAGAAUAUGCUACUGGACUUUGACGAGGCGUUCAAGGCACAGAACUGGCACGAGGCCUGGGCAGUCGUAGAGGGCAUGGCCCUAUUUAUGCUGGUGGGCGAGGGUGAUGAUAUGUGCUUGGCCGAUGACGGAGAGAUGAUCACGACGACGGUAACACAGAUAACUCGGAUGGUGCUCACAGCGGUGGCCUCCCUGGAAAGAAGGGGUCAGCUUGCGAAUCACUCGGACACCAAGAAUGUGGGCUGGGUAAUGGCACUUUACCAGAGGCUUGCGCAGGCCAUGUAUGACCAAGGUACGCUGGAGGAAGCUCGGCCUUCGACUGCAAAGAUGUUCAAGUUUCACGCGGGCAACUUGCAGCUCUACUUGCGGUCGUAUGCCUCUCGGUAUGGCAUCACCAUGCCCGGGGCCGUGGACAUCUCUGGGGACGCCAAUCUCACAAUGCCAAAGGGGACGGUCAAAGACCCAUGGAGUUGGGUAAGGUCCCUUUCGAACUAUCGGCGCGAAUGCGUCGCACCUUGGUAUGCCUUCCGUGGGGGGUACAGGGAUAACAUUGGAGGUGAUGGCUUGGACAUCUCGACAUGGGACAGCGAGGAGCGGAAGGAGCAUAACUUCGAUAAAGAGGACCCCCUUCCGAAAGACGCGAUUGAGAUGCUUGAAAAAGGCCUUGUCCUUACUCUUGCCUAA